UUUAUUUUCUCUCAGUUUCCUUUCUUUCAAAAAAACCACAAAAGUUUCCACAAAGCUGAAUUAAUCAUACAAUGGGGUGGUUGCUUUUGUGUUUACAUGUUUUUCUCUUCCAUUUUCCAUCCUUCUCUUCUUCUUCUCCUUCUUUCAAUUUCUUAUGUCAUCAUCAUGAGAAUUCUGCCUUGCUUCAGUUCAAGUCCUCAUUUACAAUAUCUACUCUCCCUUGGUGUGAUGAAACUCUUAUGAAAACAAACACAUGGAAAAAUGGAAGUGAUUGUUGUUCAUGGCAUGGGGUGACUUGUGACACUGUCUCUGGUCACGUGAUUGGCCUCAACCUUGGUUGUGAAGGCCUUACAGGCACAUUACAACCCAACAGUACUCUUUUCCAUCUUCCUCAUCUCCAAACACUCAACCUUUCUCACAAUCAGUUCUAUGACACCCAUUUUCAUUCUAAAUUUGGGGGGUUUACGAGUCUUACACAUCUUGAUUUGUCUUCUUCUAAUUCUUAUUCUUCCUUUCAAGGUAAAGUUCCUCCUCAAAUCUCACACCUUUCUAAAUUAAUAUCACUUCAUCUAUCUCAAAAUUUUGAGUUAGUUUGGAAAGAGAGCACUUUGAAGAGACUUGUGCAAAAUGCAACAAAUUUAAAGGAAUUAUUUCUAGAUGAAACUGACAUGUCUUCAAUAAAAUUAAACUCCAUUGAUUUGCUCUUCAACCUUUCUUCCUCUUUGGUUACUCUUAAUCUUAGAAACACAGGAUUAAGAGGAUCCUUCAAAAAAUGUAAUUUGUGCUUACCAAGUAUUCAACAACUAUACAUGUCAGAAAAUAACCAACUUGAAGGCCAUCAAGUUCCAGAAUUGAGUUGCAGUAGUAACUUCCUUAGAAUUUUGGAUUUUUCAGGUAAUGAUUUCGAAGGACCCAUUCCUCCAUCAUUUUCUAACCUCACGCAACUAACUUCUCUACAUCUCAACUUUAACUCCCUUAACGGUUCAAUCUCCUCCUUACUUUUGACUCUUCCAUCUCUAAUUUCUCUCCAUCUCUCUGAAAAUGAAUUCACUGGUGAGCUUCCAAUAUCACUUUCAAACCUUCAACAUCUCAUUAGCUUAGACCUUUCAUCCAAUUCAUUUAAGGGUCAGAUUCCAGAUGUGUUUGGUGGGAUGACCAAACUGCAACAUCUGGAUUUAAGUUCAAACAAUUUAGAAGGAACAAUUCCUUCUUCAUUAUUUAACUUGAAUCAACUUCUCACAUUGGAUUGUUCAGAUAAUAAAUUAGUGGGUCCCCUAAUAAAAAAAAUUUCAGGGUUUCAAAAACUAACUCAUUUGGUUUUAGAUAACAACUUGUUAAAUGGAACAAUUCCUUCCUCCUUGUUUUCUUUGCCUUGUUUGAAAAAGUUUUCUCUAACAAACAAUCGAUUUACAGGGUAUAUCAGUGCAAUCUCAUCGUAUUCGUUAGAAAAACUUUAUCUAUGCGACAAUAAACUUGAAGGCAAUAUUCCAAAAUCAAUCUUCAACCUUUCAAACCUAACCAUAUUAUGUCUAUCAUCAAACAACUUGAGUGGUGUUGUUGAUUUUCAACACUUUUCUAAACUUCAACAUUUGCUUUCUUUGUCUCUUUCAUAUAAUACCCAAUUAUCACUGAACAUUGAAACCAACAUUAGUUACCACUUUCCUCAACUAAUCAAAUUAGAAUUGUCUUCUUUGAAUUUGAAUAAACUUCCCAAAUUCAUAGGAAAAGACCCAACUUUGUCUUCUCUUGAUAUGUCCAACAACAGAUUUACUGGAAGAGUGCCCAAUUGGUUACUUGCAACAAUUGCUGAAGAUGGAAUUUUGAUCCUCUCUCAAAACAUGUUCACAUCAAUAGAUCAUAUCUCAACAAGUAGUUACCAGCUCGGUUCCCUUGAUCUUAGUUUAAACUUACUACAAGGUGAACUUUCUGCCUCAAUUUGCAACAUGAGUUCACUAAAAUUUCUCAAUCUUGCACACAACAAAUUGACAGGUACCAUUCCACAAUGUCUUGUUAGUUCAUCGCGUCUUCAAGUUUUGGAUCUACAAAUGAACAAAUUUCAUGGCACUUUGGCAAAUAAAUUUUCAAAGGACGGUAAACUUUUUACUCUGAAUCUCUUUGGCAACCGUUUAGAAGGCCGUUUGCCUGAAACUUUGUCCCAAUGCCAAAAUCUGGAAGUUUUAAAUAUCGGCAACAACAAACUAGAAGAUAAAUUUCCUGACUGGCUUCAAAGUCUUCAAGAUUUAAAAGUGUUGGUUUUGCGAGACAAUAAGUUGCAUGGUCCCAUUUCUAAUCUAAAGAUCAACAAUUCUUUUCCAAGUUUAAUUAUUUUUGAUAUCUCAGGAAAUACUUUUAGCGGUCCUCUACCAAAAGCCUAUAUUGAACAGUUUGAAACCAUGAAAAAUGUUGAUCGAAUUAUUGAGGAUGGCACUUUCGAAUAUAUAGAAUCAGCAAUAUAUGAUACCCAUGAAAGUGCGGAAAUAGAUGUACGUUCGAAUUACUAUUAUUCCAUGUCAGUGACAUUGAAAGGAAUCAAUAUGCCAAUGGUAAAAAUUCCAAAAAUGCUUGUAAGUAUUGAUUUGUCAAGAAACAUGUUUGAAGGAGAGAUUCCAAAUGAUAUUGGAGAGCUUCAUUCUCUCAUGGGACUAAAUCUUUCUCAUAACAGACUCGUAGGUCACAUUCCACAAUCCAUGGGAAACUUGACAAACUUGGAAUGGUUGGAUCUCUCCUCAAAUAUGUUGAUCGGUAUGAUUCCUGCCAAAUUCACAAAUCUAAACAGCCUUGAAGUUUUGAAUCUUUCCAAUAACCAUCUUGUAGGAGAAAUACCUCAAGGAAAACAGUUCAACACAUUUUCAAAUGAUUCGUAUGAAGGAAACUCUGAGUUAUGUGGAUUACCCUUGUCAAAGAAAUGUGGACCCGAACAACAAUCUCCACCAGCUUCACCCAACAAGCUUUGGAAUGAAGAGAAAUUUAGAUUUGGAUGGAAACCAGUGGCAAUUGGAUAUGGAUGUGGAUUUGUGUUUGGAAUAGGCCUUGGAUAUUGCAUGUUUUUAAUUGGAAGGCCAAGAUGGCUUGUGAUGAUAUUUGGUGGCCAGCCAAAGAGAAGAGUGAGAAGAAGAAGAACAAGAGUGAGGAGGACCAAUGGUUCAACCAUGAAUCAGAUGAUACAAAUGUCAUAGUUUUAUUCUUGUGUUUAUUUUUUCUACUGUGUCAGUUUUUAAUUCAGUUUAAAAUAAGCUUGAUCAUUCUUGUUUGAUCAGCUAGUUUAAUUUUGUGUUGUAAACUUUCCAUUCUUGUUGUUGUUGUUGUUGAGGUGUUCUUGUUAAAGUUGUUAUGUGUUUUGUAUUUAUUUAAUUUGAGUUU